CCGACGGUUAAGGAGUUUGAACACCGUUUUGAUACCCUCAAUUUACAACUACAACUUCUGCUUCACGUUUUAGCCUUUGUUGCGAUUUUACAGAUCUCUUCUCUUUUCUUGACUUUUAUGCUUAGUUAACUUUCUCUGCUGUUUUAUUACGGUUUCUUCUUCCUCUCCUUCCUUUCUUUCUUGUUCAUUUUGUUCCAUGUGUCCGGUCCAGUGGGGAUGGUUUUUGCAGGAUACGUGGAUAUCAAUUGGUUGGCCGCGGUGAGAUACAUGCGUGCCGAUUGUACAUCUCAGAAGACAAAUCUAUUCACCGAAACCUCCCCCGGAUCAACGGCAAUUUCGCAAUGGAACAUCCAUGGCAUUCUCCAACUGUUCCGUCCCACUUGAACGCUCGUACUAACAGAAGUCUUCCUGUUUUCUUUUUCUGUCUAGUCCUCCCCUCAUCUAUGAUCGUUGAGCGCCAAAGGAAAUCCUGCAAUAUGACCGUAUCUGACUUGGGCAUUUACUGUAGUCGAAGAGCAACUGGUCGUUCGUGGUUGGAUUAGCGUACUUCCUCUUUCAACCUUUGCCGAUGUGGUUCUGCCACAAAGUUUCAACUGCGAGCGAGUAGACGUCGACGUUUGUGCUCAUGUUGUUAUCGAUGACCUGUGAUUUUCACAUUCCUUCAUGUGUUUCGUACAGUCACUUGGCGGAACGUAGCAUCGCAUCGGGCGCCACCAGUGCGGCCUUUCGGGCUAUGAGAUUUCUGAUGCAGGUUGACCACGGUUCGUCACACGGGUACAAAAUCUCUGUAUUUCUUUGUUUAUGUGGAGUGAAAACCCGCAAGCACACCAAGUUGGAUUAGUGGAAUCAUUUGCACUCUACGCUUCCCUGCUUGUUAAGCUACGGCUUCUACAUCGCUUGAAUUCAUGGAAGCAUACAAGCUGUUAGUCAGAGGGGGUUGUCAAUCGCAUGAUUUACCGGCAAUUUGAAUACCUCACACACAUCUGACGAUUGCACUCGGAUCUGCGGGUGAGCUGGUUAUACGUUCUUAAACCUCUUUUUAAUCCUGCCUGAAAUAUCGAUCGUCUCAGUUUGCUUCCAGUGCCAUAAUCGGGGAACAUG